CGUGCCUUCGCCUGUGCCUUCGCCGCCGACCCACGCGCCCGCUUUGCUUCACUCAGUCGUACUAGCGCGCCCAUGGACUUUGUGCGCCUCGACGUCAGCCGUCACGCCAUUCAGCUCGCAACAUCGCGCAACUUAUAGUGAAGUGAAGUGCCAAUGGAUGCGGUUUACCUAGGAUUAUAGUGUCUUUACGUGCAGCUGCAUUGGAUUUGUCUAUUCAUGUGCGAGUAACAGUGGUCUCGAGAUGCGACAUGCGUGCUCUGUGUUCGGUUCGCGGGCCGUUGGGCGGCGACACGCGCGCUCUCGGCGCGGGCGCGCGCUUCCUAUCCCUGCGCAUGCCCGGCCAGCCCCAACCACUGCACUUCGUCGUCGAAGCCAAAGCAAGGGUCAAAGAACUCAAGUCUUUGGCCAGUGCUCACGCGCAACUACAAGGCAUGACCGACACAGAACUCUUUGGAUUAGCAAUUCUGCAAAAUGGAGAAUACCUAUUUGUUGACUUAGAAAGUAAACUAUCUAAAUAUGCGCCAAAGAGUUGGAGAUCAUCUCACACCCAUGGAUUGGACGCUAAUGGGAAGCCACUCCUUGAAUUGCACUUAGUAGUGCAAUUCCACGUGGAGAGCCCAUUACUUCUCCACGAUGAAAUUGGCCGUCAUCUUUACUUCCUACAACUGCGACAAAAUGUGCGCACGCGAGAUGCUUUGCCCGCUGAAGUUGUUCUACUACUCACCGGAUUAGCAUUGCAAGCUGAGUAUGGCGAUGCAGACUCAUACGAGGAUAGGGACUACUUCAGAGUUGAUGAUUAUGCACCGUCAUCUCUCACUGGCGACUGGGUGGCGGCGGCUAUGCGCGCUUGUCAUCGAGAACACCGUGGCCUUACAAAACCUGACGCAGAAUGCAGAUUUAUUAGAGAAGUUUGUCUCUUACCUGAUACUAUAAACUCACAUAGAUACCGCCUAAAACAAUCUAAAUCAGAACCUGAACCUGGAACGGUUUGGCUCCUGGUCACAGCUAAGGGCAUAAAAAUUCUGCCUGAUAAUGGAUCACUCUCAAACUUUAUAUGGAGUGCUAUUGGAAAACUUAGCUUUGAUAGAAAGAAAUUCGAGAUUAGAACCGAGGAGGGUAAGAUGACGCUGUUCUCAUCAAGUGAAGAAAAAUGUAAAUAUCUUUUUGCCCUGUGUAGAGAGACACACCAAUUCUCAAUGAAAAUAGCACCGAAGUUCAAUGAAAUUCUUAGAAAGGAAGAAGAAGAGCGAAAAACUUGUUUUGGUUAUUCGAAAUCUUUAAACGUACAAUACAAUCAGAAUAAGAGUGAACAAAGAAUAUCUGUGAUUUCUUCAACAAGUUCCAACACAACGUCAGGCAUUGUGAGUGACAGAGUUCAAUCGGAAGAUGAAUUAGAAAUUAUGAUAGAUUCACCUCCUGCACCAUCAACAGAAAGUUUGGCAUUCGCUCAUUUACUAGACAGCACAAAUUCUUACUUUAUACGGCACAUGGCGCAAAAUAAUGAGCCACUAACGAAAACCUCGUCUUUACAAAUGCAAAAAACAAAAUUGAGGGUCAAAAAGACAAAGGAAAAUUGUGAAACUGUCAACAGGAGCGAAAUUCCUCCUCCAGAUCAGCACUCAAUUAAUCAAUUAGAAGAAACAACUUCUUUACCUGAUCAAAGCGUUAGUGAAGCAUUGACUGACAGUCCGAGAUCUAAUAAGUUAAAAUGCACUGGAUCACAAUGUUCCUCAUCAUGCAGCACGGUGAUAAUGGCGAGAGCAGGCCUCAGUACUCUUAGCAGAGCAUCUAACGCAAGCAGUUUAGAAUUGGGAUACAGUCAUACUGCUCAGAAUUCAAUGCUAAGUGACAACAGCAUAGCUGGCAUAGAUGUGGAAUAUUCACAAGACGCAGCGUCCGCGCUGUAUGACGGCUUAGGGCAACCAGUCACCGUAGCAGCCUCAAGUGAAACUAGCGGAGUCUACACCAUGAGUAGUUCUGAACUGACGGCACGAUCAAAGAUGGACACAUUAUCCGAAGCCAGUAGAACAGAUUACGAUGGCUCACACUAUGACAGCUAUAAACCAGCGAAAGAGAAUGACCUUGCUGAUUUUGAUAGUGUUUCUUCAAUAUUAAAAAACAAGUCGGAAAGAACUAGUCUAGCAACGGGUACAUUAAGAUUACAGUCUUCUCAACCUAGUUCUGAUUGUGUUGAUGGAGCCACAAAGUUUCAAAAUCAAGAACAACAUAAUAAAGAAAACUUAUUUAGAGAAAGAACAAAUUCCAAUGUAAGUACAAUCUCUUUCCACGGCGAUGGGAGCGACCCAACAGACAAGAAGCACAAUUUACUAACGGCGAGUGAAUUAAGUGACCUAAUUGUAGGUAGAGGCGUGUAUCCUAAAAGCCAGUCAGUAAGUGACACGUUAGACUCCGUGUCGGACUACGUGAGGUUGCCAAUUCCAUUUUCGGGUGACAGUUACCUACAGGGACAUGAAGAUACAGCUCCAUCAGAUGAUCACUAUCCGAAUAACUCCUUCUUUGAUCGGCCGCCAACACCACCGACUAGAAUUGAUAGCCGUAAACUGCUCAACUUGUCUCUACCAAACAUAUUUGACAUAAACGGAGAUACGCCCAUCAGACCACCUUUUCCAGACAAGCCACCGCCUCCCUACGAAUAUAAUCAUCAGACCGUGUCGUCUUAUGCUCCUCCACCACCGGCAAAGGCACCACCUGCAUACCCUGGUCCAACAGCGACAGUGCGAUCCUUAAAACAAUUGAGUGACCACAAAGAAGAAGUCGCAGCCAGGGUGGUAACGUCAAAACCUAUGAUUACGAUCCUGAAAGCAGAGGCGGGCGAAGUGAGCACAUCUAGUGAAAGAACAUUCGCUAGUCCCAUGGUGUUGGAGCACAAAUUUCAAAAGUUUAAAAGGCAACAAGCAUCAAGUCGCCGUGCGGAGAGGUCAAAAUUAGCUCAGGGCAUAAGCAAUAAUCUAUCACCAUCCAGAGACAUGGGGCAUAGUGUGGAUUCAAAUGUGUUGGUGGCCAUGAUGAAGUUGGCACCAGGUCCGCCGCCUGCUCCACCAGCCCCGCGCCGCCCACGCCAGCCACCACCGCCGCCUGUCGCGCGUCUGCCACCGCCACCGCCUCCACACAACCCCAUGUUCCACCAGCAGUUGUACAGCGACGUCGAUUAUGUCUACUACCCCCUUCAAGAUCCUGCCGUGUCGCAGCAAAAUUAUCUCGAUCACAAAUUAACGGAUUCUCGAGUAUCAAACAUGCACAAAAAUGGUCUGCAGUACCGAAGUACUCCCUACCUAUCAACUUCCAUGUCUGCAUCGUCCAUGUAUGGAUCGAUCCAAAAUCUCUCGGAUUCCUAUGUUCAGUUACCUGGAACGCGGACGAGUUGGUACUCGUUAACGAGUAGGACGUCGCUCAGCAACCACUCCAUAAAUCUCGAGCGGCCUCCACUGGCUGCGCGAAUAUCUGACGUUCCAAAUUUUAUGCGAACGAAAUCGGAUGAAAAUGUGUUGAAUGCUAAAGAUCCACCGCCAGUCAAAAUGAGAAGAAUGCCUCCGCCUCCACCACCGCCUUACGAAUAUAAAAAGAAACUUCUCAAUUACUCGAGAGAAGUCAAAAUUCCGCCGCCUUCAACAAAUGUGAAUAGUGAAACAAGUGCGAACAAAGUGAAAGACUCCAAUUGUGAUUUAGACAUAAAAACUCUACGAGAGAAAAGUAAAAACCUUGAUUUGCCACUUAUCGCGGCGUUGUGUAAUGAUCGUUCGUUAUUAAAACAAACUAAAGCUUUUGGUGCUCCAAAGUUAAAUAAACCAACAGGUAGUGACUGUGAAAGUGAACGGAAGUGUGUGAAGUCUGUUACAAACACCACCGAUAACAUAGAUCUUAAGAAUAAACAAGAAUAUAAUGCUAAGAGGGUAAUGACAGGGUCUCAAAAGAAAAUAUUAAUACGAAACCCAACAGAUAAACUUCCAGCAUUGCCAGUUACUGAAAGUCAUCCUAGGGCAAUGUCCAAUACAUAUGUCAUGCAUCCAACUGUAGCUAAAACUAAAAAGUCUCAACCCAGCUCAUGACAUUAUGAUAAAUGUUUACCUACUGCUUGUGAAUCCUUCCAGUGCUAUGAUCCUUCAACCACCGAUACAAAGACUGAGCUUAAUGCCACCACAACUUAAGAUAGGAAUAAUACAAAUGUAUCAUUGAACUCUUGACUUUAUGGCAUGAAAUAGGCAUACAAAUAAAUUAAGAUAUUUUUAUGUUACAUAUUCUGCUAAUGAUCAGAUAAUAUUGUUAUCAAAUGAUAUUCAAAACCAUUAACUGCAGCAUUGUUGAAGUAAUAUACAUAAAUUUAAGUACUAUAAUGUUUAAUAUUGUUCACGAUCUGAUUUUGUGAUAUCAAGUGUAUGAGCUAUGCUUUUCAAAUACAGCCUUUUACAAUAUUCUAUCACAAUAGUUAAGGGGUGAAAUUGCUAUAAGUUACAUAAAAUGAUUAAUAUUUAUUAAUACCGUACUGUGGUAUUGAGCCUGUAUGUUUCCCUUCUGCUUUGCGGAGACCUAAAUCCAGCAGUGGAAAAUAAGUAUAAGUCCAAAAAUUUUGUCAUUAUCUUUCUCUUAAUAAAUAUACAAUACAUGUUCUGUUUACCAUUUCUUGCAAGACUAGUAGGUACCUAAUUUAUAAUGUCAGGGUUAGAACAUUUAAGUAUGGCUGAUAAACUAUUUUUGUAUAAGCAUUGAUUUUGAUUAUUCAGUUCUGUGUUGCUCAAUAUACUAAUAUAUAGAAAUUAUUUCUUAAAUAUUUUUAGACACCACUAUACCAAAGUAAUUUGGCGUAUAAUAUUAAGAAAAUAACAUCACUCACAACUUUGGUAACAAUUCAAAUGUAUCCGCUGAGCUAUGCCAUUUUAGGCCCAGAGUCACCAAAGCCCAGCGGACCACCGACCAAUAGAAUUUCGUUAUUCGAAAAUCACGUCUCCGCCCACUAUGCAGAUUCCCUGAGCGGUGAAAUUCUAUUGGUUGUUUAAAAACUUUGCGCUUCGCUCCGCUUUGGUGCCGAAGUCUGGGCCUUAAUGAUGUUUUUUCUUUUUAAUUGCAUAAAAGUCUCCAGUACUUUAGUACUAAGAAAUAAACAUUCCAGUCUGUCUAUGUUAAACAUCAAAAUAUCGUACUAAUACGUAUGGCGUUUCUAAACAAAUAAGAAUGUGAUAAAAAAUGUGCCUUUACCGUAAUAAAUAUCUAUUCCAUUCAAUAAAACUGAAGAAUUCCAGAAUAAGCUUUACCUACAUACAUACUAGAUCGCAAUAUUCAUUUAAUUAAUUGUAUACUUAACCCACAAUUCAAUUCGCUAUGAAAUAGUGAAUUAUAGUAAUAGAACUUUGUAAUGAAAUACUCGCUGUUUGAAUAUAUUACCUGUUAUAAUUUAAGUGUAUCAAAAAUCAUUGCUUGUAAUCAUAGUAAAUGAAAGUGUAAUAAUUUCAACAACUAUUUAUUUACUUUAAUAUCAUAAUGUGUACAUAAUAAUGCAAUACAAAGUACAUAAUAUUUGUUUUCAAUAUGUACAAAUGUAUAUUAAAUUUUUUGUAACUCUGAA